GACAUAACGGGGGGAUAAAAACGGUAUUACAAAGUUGGAGUGUAUCAACCAAAAGUUUACAGGAACUUUAUGAAAACGCCUAAAGCAGCUUUGAAAAACUUUCUGAAGAGAAGCGGUUGAAGAAACACAAACUAGUUUUUCUUUUCUAUAAAUCGUGGAGACGGUGCUCGUUUACAAGGUACUCCAACGGUGCCUUUGCUAGGAUUAGCCCCUAGGUUCGCUCAGAUUUGAUGCAUUUUGGAAAAGCUAUAUCUUGCUGGAAAGGUGAUCUGAGAACACUCCUGUACCAUGGUACCGUUAGGUAGAAGCUUCAAUCUUCUCGCCGUCUUGCUGGUGCUUCUGAGCUUUUGCUGGGAUGCCGCGUCCAACCAACUCCGCCAAGUGUUUCAGAUCGAGGAGGAGCUGCCGCCCGAGACCCUGGUGGGCACCAUACUCACCAAGCCCGACUUCACCUACCGUUUCAGCGAGAACCACGCGUUGUUCGCCAUCAACGCCACCACAGGUGUCAUCUGCACCACAUCGGUGAUCGAUCGCGAAACCUUGCCCAGCGACGUGAUUAACAUCGUGGUGUUGUCCAGCCAGCCCACCUACCCCACCGAGGUCCGCAUCAUCGUGCUGGAUGUCAACGACAACGCGCCCGUCUUCCCCGAACCCAGCAUCGUGGUGAGCUUCAGGGAGGAUCCCAGCGGCGGGCGGCAGGUGAUCCUGGACACCGCCACCGACGCGGACAUCGGCUCCAACGGGGUGGACCACCGCUCCUACCGCAUCGUGCAGGGCAACGAGGAAGGGAAAUUCCGCUUGGACAUCACGGUCAACCCGAGCGGGGAAGGCGCCUUCCUGCACCUGGUGUCGACCGACGGGCUGGACAGAGAAACGGAGCCUUUCUACCAGCUGCUGGUGGAAGUGGAAGACCGCGGGCAGCCCAAGAGGUUUGGCUACCUGCAGGUCAAUGUCACCAUUCAGGACACCAACGACAACUCGCCGCGCUUCUCGCAAGCUCACUACCAGGCCAGCAUUUACGAGAGUGUGCCCGUUGGCUCCAGCGUGCUGCAGGUGACGGCCAGCGACCUGGACCAGGCGGCCAACGCCGACCUGGUGUACUCGGUGGACGAGGGCAGCCCCUUCCACAUGGAGCCGCUGACCGGGGUGCUCACCGUCAAGGAGGAGCUGGACUACGAGACGAGGAAGGAGUACUCGCUGGUGAUCCGGGCCAGCGACGGCGGCAGCCCCUCGCUGAGCGGCCGCACCGAGGCCACGGUCAAGCUGCUGGACGUCAACGACAACGACCCGCUGGUGAAGUUCCGCUACCUGCCGGCCAGCUCCCGGUUCGCGGCGGUGGACGAGAACGCACCGAUCGGCACGGUGGUGGCGCUGCUGACGGUGAGCGACGCCGACUCAUCGGCCAACGGCAACAUCUCCGUCUCCAUCCUGGCGGGCAACGAGCAGCUGCACUUCUCGGUGCAGCGGUCGCCGGUGCCGGGACUCAGCCUGAUCAAAGUGGCCAGCGCCCUGGACCGGGAGCGCAUCCCGGCCUACAACCUGACCGUGUCGGUGUGCGACCACGGCCUGCCGCUCGGCCGCUCCUCGCUCGCCAGCCUGCUCAUCUUCAUCAACGACAUCAACGACCACCCGCCCGUCUUCGAGCGGCCGCUCUACCAGGUGCAGGUGGCCGAGGACGUGCCGCUCGGCAGCUAUAUCGGUGGCCUGAGGGCGACCGACGGCGACUCGGGCCUCAACGCGCAGCUCCGCUACUCGGUGGUGUCCGGCAACCGGCUGGGCUGGUUCAACAUCAGCGAGGAGAGCGGCCUCAUCACCAGCGCCGCCGCCCUCGACCGGGAGACGGCGGCUGAGCUCCGGCUCAACAUCAGCGCCCGCGACCAGGGCCUGCAGCCGCGUACCUCCUACACCACCCUCAGCAUCACCAUCGGCGACGUCAACGACCAGGCGCCUACCUUCACCCGGCCCUCCUACCGCUCGGCCAUCGCCGAGCACUCGCCGCCGGGCACGCCGCUGGCCGCCCUCACCGCCGUCGACAAGGAUCUGGGCGCCAACGGCACCGUGCGAUACCUGCUGGCCCCCGACACCCCGCCCGCUUACCGGCAACUCUUCCGCCUCGACCCGGUGUCCGGCCUCCUCACCUGCCUCACCGAGCUGGACCGGGAGCAGCAGGCCGACUACGUCUUGUGGGUGCAAGCCCGGGAUAAGGGCGAGCCGCCACUCUCCUCGGUGGCCCGGGUCAACAUCACGCUGCUGGACAUCAACGACAACAGCCCGACCUUCUACCCGCUGCAGUACUUCGCCAACAUUAAGGAGAACGAGCCUCCCGGCGCCUACAUCACCACCGUGUCGGCUGCCGACCCGGAUCUGGGCAGCAACGGGACGGUCAGCUACACCAUCACGGCGGGAGAUACCUCCAGGUUCCAGAUCAACCACCACACGGGGGUCAUCUCCACCAGGCUUUCACUGGACCGAGAGGAGAGGACAGCUUAUCAACUGCAGGUAGUUGCUACAGAUGGUGGAAAUCUCCGCUCGCAGACACUAGCUAUUGUAACCAUCACGGUUAUUGACACACAGGAUACACCUCCAUCAUUCAGCCAGAGCAGCUACAGUUUUGUUAUUUUUGAAAACAUUGCUAUUGGUUCCCUUGUUGGCACGGUAUCUGCUUCUACGCUUGAUCUUAAUACCAACAUCACUUACCUCAUCACUUCAGGAGACCAGAGGGGCAUGUUUACCAUCGGUGGAUCAACAGGUCAAAUUAAUACAGCCAGUACGAUAGACAGAGAAGAAAUGGCAUUUUAUCAGUUAAAAGUUGUGGCAAGUGGUGGUACGGUAACUGGGGAGACUUUAGUUAAUAUCACAGUCAAGGAUCUGAAUGAUAAUUCUCCACAUUUCCCUCAUGUGGUUGAAAGUAUUAAUGCAGUUGAAAAUUGGGGUUUGGGGCACACAAUUUUUCAAGCUAAAGUUAAGGAUCCUGAUGAAGGGAUCAAUGGCAUGGUUUCAUACACCUUGCGGCAGAAUCCAAAAGGUCUCUUCCACAUCGAUGAGAAAACUGGAAUAGUAACUUUAAAUGGACCUCUUGACAUAAAUGCAGGCUCAUACCAGGUGGAAGCAGUAGCUUCCGACAUGGGUGUUCCCCAGCGUUCAUCCAGCUUAAUUUUGACUAUCUAUGUGCAUGAUGUGAAUGAUAACCCACCUGUAUUUGACCAGCUUUCAUAUGAAAUCACUAUUUCAGAAGCCGAACCUGUGAAUUCUAGGUUCUUCAAAGUCCAGGCUUCUGACAAAGAUUCAGGAGUGAAUGGAGAGAUCACCUAUGACAUUAUAGAAGGAAACAAGGAGAAAAGAUUUGGUAUUUUUCCUGAUGGGCAAUUAUACAUUAAAGCUGAAUUGGACCGUGAAACUGAAAGCCAUUACGUCUUGAUGGUUGUUGCUGCAGACAGAGCAGUGGAGCCUCUGAGUGCAACUGUGAAUGUGACCAUAAUACUGGAAGACGUAAAUGAUAACAGACCUUUAUUUAACAGCACAAAUUAUGUAUUUCAUUUUGAAGAAGAGCAAAAAGCUGGUUCAACUGUUGGAUACAUCAAUGCUGUAGACAAAGAUUUUGGAUUUAACGGUGAAGUGAAGUAUACAUUUGAAACAGCCCAGCUUGAUUUUGAGCUGAAUGAAGUCACUGGAGAAUUAGCCAGUAGGCACCAGUUUGACAGGGAGGCUUUAAUGAGGCAAAGAGGAGCUGCAGUUUUUAGCUUUAAAGUAACUGCAUCAGACCAAGGAUUGCCAAAAAUUCUCCAGGAUCAUGCUACUGUACAAGUAUACAUCACAGAUACAAAUGAUAAUGUACCUAGGUUCACUAAGGAUCUAUAUCUGGCUACAAUAUCAGAAUCAGCAGGAAACUUGACACAAGUACUUCGUGUGAGUGCUUCAGAUGUUGAUGAGGGAAAUAAUGCUUUGGUACAUUACUAUAUCAUUGAAGGAAAUGAAGAAGAUCAAUUUAUGAUUCAAAGUACCACAGGACAGGUGACUUUGAUAGGAAAACUGGACCAUGAAGCUACAGUUUCCUAUUCUUUAACUCUUCUCGCAGUCGACUUGGGAAGUGAUCCUUUGAGUUCCACAUGCACCUUAAUUAUCAGUGUGCUGGAUGAAAAUGACAACACUCCUUCAUUUCCAAAAGCUGUGAUGCACAUCGACGCAUUGGAAAAUAUGAGAGUUGGAGAGCUUGUAGAAUCUGCAACUGCCACUGAUUCAGAUUCUGGGGACAAUGCUGAGAUUCAUUACAGCAUUACAGGAAGUAACAAUCAUGGGACAUUUAGCAUCAGUCAUAAUACAGGUAGCAUUUUCCUUGCAAAAAAAAUGGACUUUGAAACCCAAUCUGUUUACCAUUUGAACAUAACAGCAAAAGAUAAAGGAAGACCCCCAAGAUCUUCAACAAUGUCAGUAGUGAUUCAUGUUAGAGACUUCAACGAUAAUGCACCUAGUUUUCCCCCUGGAGAUAUUUUUAAAUCUAUUGUAGAAAACAUUCCUAUUGGUACAUCUGUACUGACUGUAGCUGCCCAUGACCCUGAUGCUGAUAUUAAUGGAGAAUUACGUUAUUGUAUAGCCCAGCAAAUACCAAGAGGAAACCAUUUUGUGAUCGGUGCUUCAGAUGGAAUACUGCGAACAAAUGCGGAGAUUGACCGUGAAUUUUCAAAUCUCUUUGAACUUACUAUUAAAGCCAUUGAUCAGGCAGUUCCACUUGAUUUCAGGCGUUUUGCUUUAAAGAAUAUAACCAUCUUAGUAACGGAUCAGAAUGAUAAUGCUCCAGUGUUUAUAUCUCAGAAUGCUCUGAUUGCAGACAGUACUCUUGUGAUGGGCUCUAUUCUCACAACCAUCAGGGCUAUUGACCUGGAUGAAGGAACAAAUGGAGAAGUUGAGUAUGAACUAGUUAGUGGAGACAGUGACACAUUCAUGAUGGAUCGAUAUAGUGGAGAUAUUAGAGUAAUAGCACCUUUAGUUCCUUCUAGACUCACCUAUCAACUUGUUGUGUCGGCUGUAGAUUUUGGGCGGGAGAGAAGAUCAACCAGCACAGAUAUGACUGUUAUUCUUCAGGGGACGGAUGGACCUGUCUUUACCCAGCCAAAAUAUAUCACUGUUUUACGAGAAGGAGAGCCUGUUGGUACCAGUGUGAUCUCCUUAAAGGCAGCCAGUCCAAGAGGUUCUUCAGCACUACUGGAGUACUACAUAGUUUCAGUUCAUUGCGGUGGAAAAUCUGUCGGACGCCUUUUCACAAUAGGACAACAAAGUGGUAUCAUCCAAACAGCUGCUGUGCUGGAUCGAGAGCGAGGACCAAAUCUUUAUCUUGUGGAUGUCUACGCAGUUGAGAAAUCUUCUGAUCUGCCCAGGACACAAAAAGCAGAGGUGGAAAUAACUUUGCAGGAUAUCAAUGACAACCCCCCUCUGUUUCCAAGUGAUGCACUGGAUCUCAUCAUUGAAGAAAACAUUGGGGAUGGAUUUAGAAUAUUACAGCUGUCAGCCACAGAUGCAGAUGAGGGUCCAAAUGCUCUUGUGACAUACGCCAUUAUUAGUGGAGCAGACAACAGUUUCCGCGUCGAUCCAGAGUCCGGAGACCUUCUAGCAACUAAGCGUUUAGACCGAGAGCGCCGUUCCAAAUAUUCCUUAUUGGUCCGAGCUGACGAUGGGCUGCAGUCCUCAGAUAUGCGAAUCAACAUUGCCGUCAGUGACAUAAAUGACCAUGCACCCAAGUUUUCCAGGAACGUGUAUUCAUUAGACAUCCCAGAAGAUACUCCACCUGGUUCUAUUGUGGCAGCCAUACUGGCGAGUGAUGCAGAUUCUGGUGCUAAUGGGGAAAUCACAUACAUGGUAGAAGAGGAUGAUGAAGACGGAAUAUUCUUCCUCAAUUCUGUGACUGGAGUUUUUAAUCUGACUCAAACGCUGGAUUAUGAGAAGCAACCAUAUUAUAUUCUGACUGUCCGGGCAGAGGAUGGUGGUGGACAGUUUAGCACAGUAAGAGUUUACUUCAAUGUGCUGGAUGUGAAUGAUAAUCCACCUAUUUUCAACCCUUCAUCUUACAGUACCUCAGUGACGGAAAAUCUUCCUUCUGGAGCAAGUAUCCUAACCGUUAAAGCAACUGAUGCAGAUGAUGGACUGAAUUCUCAGUUGGAAUACAGCAUUGCAUCUGGAGAUUCAUUGCAGUAUUUUAAUAUUGACAAUAAUGGUGUUUUGAGUGCCAGGCGAGAGCUAGAUCGGGAAAGUCAGUCAUUCUACAACCUGCUAAUUAUGGCUCAUGAUUUAUCAUUGCUGCCUGCAAGUAGGCUCACAAGCACAGCACAAGUCUCUGUUAUUCUUCUGGAUGUCAAUGACAACCCACCAAGAUUUAUUUCCUCAAAAAUGGCAUACAUGCAAGAAAACUCUCCUACGAACACUAUUGUUUAUAAAGCACAAGCCACUGAUCCUGACAGUGGACCAAACAGUUAUGUUGAGUACACGUUACUGAGUCACUCAGCAAACAAGUUCAGUAUUGGAACAAUAGAUGGCACACUACAAUUAACUGGUGAACUUGACAGGGAAGAAGUCUCCAAUUAUACAUUGACGGUGAUUGCUACAGACAAGGGUGAGCCUCCACUCUCUUCAUCAAUGGACAUUACUGUUAUUGUACUUGAUGUGAAUGAUAACCCUCCUGUCUUUCAGCAACUUCUCUACGAAGUUGAAAUUAGUGAAAACACACUUAGCGGCAUUGAUCUCAUCCAGGUCACUGCCACUGACCUAGAUGAAGGAACUAAUGGUCAGGUCCGGUACCAUAUCGCCAGCGGAAAUCUGAACAAUGAUUUUCGACUUGAUUCUGUCACUGGUGUAGUAUCAGUAGCCAAGCAACUUGAUCGUGAAACGCGACCCUCGUAUUCUCUGACGGUCCAGGCAACUGAUCGCGGAAGCAGCCCACAAACUGCCACAGCUGUAGUGAACAUAAAUCUCACCGAUAUGAACGACUUUAUUCCUGUCUUUGAACUGUCACCCUAUACGAUGCAUGUGCAGGAAAAUGCACAGAAUCUGCCAGUGUCCAUCUUGCAGGUCGUAGCUCGUGAUGAUGACCAAGGGCUAAAUGGUCAGUUGGCUUACACAAUUGUUGGUGGAAAUGAAGAAGGAGCUUUUACUCUGACAUCUAGUGGACAGCUGAGCCUGGUUGUGAGCCUCGAUCGAGAAACAACAGCACAGUUUGUCCUGACUGUCAUUGCUACUGAUGCAGGAUCUCCAGUGCUCACUGGCACAGGCACCAUCACAUUGAUUGUAGAUGACAUCAAUGACAAUGUUCCAGCAUUCGCUUUCAAAACCUACCAUGCCACCAUCCCUGAGAACGCUCCAACUGGGACUGAUGUUUUGCUUGUCAACUCCACUGAUGCCGAUGAAGGUUUGAAUGCAGUUGUCAGCUACAGCCUGGUUGGAGGUAACUCCAAGUUUUCCAUUAAUCCAUCCACUGGACAAAUUAUCACAAGUGCUCUUCUGAACAGAGAGAUCAAAGAAACAUACAAUCUUAUUGUGGUGGCUACUGAUGGAGGCAUACCUCAGGCCAAAUCCAGUUCAGCCACUGUUUUUCUAACAGUUUCUGACAUCAAUGACAAUCCUCCCAGGUUUCAUCAUUUCCCUUAUGUUACCCACAUUCCAGCACCCACAAAUGAAGGAUCAUUUGUGUUUGCUGUUACUGUUUCUGAUGCCGAUAAAGGCCCGAAUGCAGAACUCCAGUAUUCCUUGACAGGAAGAAAUGUGGAAAAAUUCCAGAUUGAUCCACACCGUGGUGCUAUUAUGGCUGCUCAAAGGUUAAUGGGAGGCACUGACAUUACUGUUACUGUUAAUGUUAAAGACAGUGGAAUACAUCCCAUGUCAGAUUCUACCACUGUGACAGUCAGAUUUGGAAAUGAGGCUGAUUUUCCACAAUUCAAAGUAGGACAACAAAUUUUUGUAUUUCCCGAAGACCAGAAGGUAAACACCUAUAUUACAACAGUAUCAGCAUCUUCCACAAGGCAAGAUGUAAGAGGACCAUUAUCCUACUAUAUAGCAAGCGGUAACCUUGGCACCGUCUUCCAUAUUGAUCAGCUGACAGGAAAUCUUGUUCUUAUGAAGUCUUUAGACUUUGAAGCCGUUCAAAACUAUGUGCUAUGGAUCGAAGCCAGAGAUAUGGGGUUUCCUCCCUUUUCUUCCUAUAAGAAAUUGGAUAUAACUGUAAAAGAUGUCAAUGACAAUGCACCAGUUUUUAAGCAGGAUCCCUUCAUAGCUAACGUAAUGGAGAAUUCCUUCUCAUACCAAAUAAUCACCACUGUAGCUGAAGACAUAGACAGUGGGCCCAAUGGUCAAAUAGAAUAUACCAUUGUAGACGGCAACAAAGGCAAUAAUUUCAUCAUCAACAGACAAACAGGGCAGAUCAAAAAUGCCGAACAAUUGGACAGGGAAAGGAUUGCUCAGUAUACGUUAACAGUACAAGCAACUGACAAAGGAGCAUCACCAAGGAGCUCUUUGUGUCAUGUCAUUAUUAAUGUUUUGGAUGAAAAUGACAAUGCUCCAAGAUUCUCACAGAUAUUCAGUGCUCAGGUGGCUGAAAAUGCAGUUAUUGGUUACACGGUGACCCGUGUUACCACAUCAGAUGAAGACACUGGAAUAAAUGCUGUCAGCCGGUACUCAAUAACAGAUGUGAACCUUCCCUUCUCCAUAAAUCCAAAGACUGGAGAUAUCACAGUCAGAAGGCCUUUGAAUCGGGAAGAUACAGAUCACUACACUGUCAGAGUAUAUGCCCAUGAUUCUGGGUGGACAGUGAAUACUGAUAUUACUGUUUUUGUGACAGAUGUAAAUGAUAAUGCCCCUAGAUUCUCUUAUCCAUCAUACUACCUUGAUUUCCCAGAGCUCACAGAGAUUGGCUCCAGAGUUACUCAGGUAGUAGCUACAGAUCCUGACAGUGGCCUCAAUGGUCAGGUAUUCUAUUUCAUUAAAUCGCAGUCAGAAUUCUUCCGAAUAAAUUCCAGCACAGGAGAGAUCUGCACCAAACAAUAUGUAAAGUAUCACAAUUCUACCAGCUCCAACAACCUAAAUAUCAAUAGGCACAGUUUCAUUGUGAUGGCCUCAGACCGGGGUAGGAUUCCCUUGGUGAGUGAAACCACAGUCAUUAUCAACAUUGUGGACAGUAAUGAUAAUGCUCCACAGUUUGAAUCAGAAAAAUACUUUACUCCUGUUACUAAAAAUGUCAAGAUUGGUACGAGGCUAAUUAAAGUCACUGCAAUAGAUGACAAAGAUUACCACAUGAAUUCAGAAAUAGAGUAUUACAUUUCUGGUGGAAAUGGUUCAAAUCAAUUUGCACUGGACAAGAAUAAUGGCUGGAUCUCUGUUGCAUCAUCUCUGAGAGCCUAUUUACAUAAAGUGUUCAUAAUCAUAAUCACAGCAAAGGAUAAAGGUAAUCCACCACUAUCUACUACGACUACAGUCCGCAUUUUAGUAACUGAGGAGAAUAACCACACCCCACAGUUCUCUCAGAGUCACAUCAGUAUCACUGUUCCUGAGAGCCUCACUGUGGGGACAGUCAUCAGAACAGUUUCGGCUAGAGAUAAAGAUGCUGAUAUGAAUGGGUUAAUCAGGUACAACAUUUCUAAAGGGAAUGAGGCAAGAUUGUUCUCUAUUGUUAAUUCAACUGGUGCAUUAUCUCUAGCUGGACAAUUGGAUUAUGAGACCCAGCAAGUCCAUGAACUGACCAUUAGUGCUGAAGAUGGCGGUUGGGUGAAAAGAACUGGCUUCCUCAGUAUUACUAUCCACGUCACCGAUUCAAAUGAUAAUGUGCCACUGUUCAGUCCCAGUGAGUAUUUUCCAGUUAUAUCAGAGAAUGCUCCGAGUGGUACAAUAGUAGUUCAAUUAAAUGCCACAGAUGCAGAUUCUGGAGGUAAUGCUCUGAUUGCCUAUGCAAUUGAGACAACUGACAGUGAUCUUUUUGCCAUUGAUCCAAAUACUGGAGUCAUCAGGACCCAAGGAUUUUUGGAUUUUGAAGCUAAACAGAGUUACCACCUGUAUGUGAAAGCCUUUAAUGUUCCAGAUGAGGAUCGCCUCAGCUUCGCCAAUGUUCAUUUGCAGCUUAGUGGUGUGAAUGAGUAUGUCCCACGCUUUGUCUCCAGGCAGUACACUUUUGAGAUUUCAGAAGCUGCUGCAGAAGGUACUGCUGUCGGGGAAGUAUUUGCAAGUGAUCGUGACCUUGGAGAUGAUGGAGAGGUGAAAUACAUGCUCUUUGGUAAAAGCAGAAAGAAGGGAUUCAUGAUUGAUGAAAAGACUGGCCAAAUUUACGUAUCAGGCCAACUGGAUCGAGAAAAGGAAGAAAAAAUAUCUUUAAAGGUUCUGGCUAAGAAUGCAGGAAGCAUCCGUGGAUUUGAUAUUGAUGAAGUCUUUGUGAAUAUCACUGUGCUGGAUGCCAAUGAUCCCCCUGUUUUCACAACUGAGGAAUACUCUGUACAGAUUAAUGAGGAGGCUGCACCUGGAGCUCAUGUUAUUUUUGUAAGUGCCUUUGACUCUGACUCUGUUCCCAGUUGGAGCAGAUUCACUUAUCACAUCGGAACUGGAAAUGAAAAAGGCGCCUUUUCCAUUAACUCACAGACUGGCCAGAUUUCAGUGGCAGCAGAGCUGGAUCGUGAGUCCAUUCCUGUAUACAACCUCUCUGUGUUGGCUGUUGACUCAGGAGUGCCUUCAGCCACAGGUAGCACCUACUUGGUCAUCAACCUGGAGGAUAUAAAUGACAAUGGGCCUACCCUAACAUCUACAAGUGGAGAAGUUGUAGAAAACCAACGCGCAGGAGCUGUAGUCAUGACACUCAAUGCCACUGAUCCAGACCUUCCACCAAACCAAGGUCCUUUCACCUACCAUUUGCUCAGCACAAGCUCCGCUACAAACUACUUCACCCUUAGCUCUGAAGGGAUCCUUACCACAACUAGAGAAAUUGACAGAGAGCAGAUCAGUGAUUUCUACUUGUCAGUAGUCACCCGUGACUCUGGUACUCCACAGAUGUCUUCCACUGGAACCGUGCAUGUCACAGUGCAUGAUCAGAACGAUAAUCCAUCUCAGCCCAGAACCGUGGAGGUAUUUGUCCACUAUUUUGGAAACCUAUUUCCUGGAGGGAUUUUAGCCAGUGUUAAACCCCAGGAUCCAGAUGUAUUGGAUAACUUCCGCUGUACUCUGACUACAGGGGCUACAACUCUUUUCAGCAUUCCAGCAGGCACGUGCAAUCUGAAUUGCCAGCCAAGGUCAACAGAUGGAACCUUCGAUCUGAUUGUCCGUAGCAGUGAUGGUUUGCACGGUGCUGUAAACAACAAUGUCCAUGUUUUUUUCAUGGGAUUCAAUAACCUGACCAUAGACAACAGUGUUCUUCUUCGCCUGAAUAUUGCCACCGUGAAAGAUUUUCUUACCAACCACUAUCUGCACUUCCUGCGCAUUGCUAACUCUCAGCUGACUGGGAUGGGGACCACCAUACAGAUCUAUGGCAUUUAUGAGCAGGAUGACAAAACAUACGUAAUGGCAGCUGUAAAAAGAUUUAGUAAUCAAUAUAUAAGCCCCAGUGGGGUAGCCACUUUUUUUGAGAGCAUCAAAGAAAUCUUAUACAGGCAGAGUGGAGUACGAAUAGACUCAGUGGACCAUGACCCUUGCACGAAUGAUCCAUGUCAGAAUGGUGGAAGCUGCCUGAAAAGGCUUGCUGUUAGUCCAACAGUGCAAAGUAAGGAAAGUAUCCCAGUGGUUAUUGUGGCUAACGUGGUUCUACAACCAUUCGUCUGUCGAUGCCUGCCAGGAUACUUUGGAGAGGUCUGCGAAACUGAUAUAGAUGAGUGCCUCCCAUCCCCUUGCCACAAUGGUGGAAUCUGCCACAAUCUAGUUGGUAGAUUUUCAUGCACCUGUCCUGAAGGGUUUAUGGGCACUGCUUGUGAGCGGGAUGUCAAUGAAUGUCAAUCAAAUCCCUGCAAGAGUGGCGGAAGUUGCCAUAAUUUUCCAGGAGGUUUCAGCUGUGCUUGUAAAGCUGGAUAUACAGGCAGAACAUGUGAUUCUACCAUUAACUACUGUGAGUGCAACCCCUGUUUCAAUGGAGCAACCUGCCAGAAUCAAGCUGAUGGUUAUUACUGCCACUGUCCAUUUGGUGUCUUUGGGAAGCACUGUGAACUGAACAGUUAUGGCUUUGAGGAGCUGUCAUACAUGGAGUUUCCUAGUCUGGAUCCAAACAAUAAUUACAUCUAUAUCAAAUUUUCCACCAUUAAGGAAAACUCUCUAUUAAUGUAUAAUUAUGACAAUCAGACAGGAAACAAGGCUGAGUUCCUCGCUCUGGAAAUAGUGGAAGGCAAGAUGAAAUUCUCCUUCAACCUUGGAAGUGGAGCACACAGACUGAUGACGACCAAGAGGGUCUCUGACGGACAGUUUCACACUGUGGUUGCUAGAAGGGCUGGACUAGUGGCAUCUCUUACUGUGGACUCAUGUUCUGAAGAUCAGGAAGCUGGUUAUUGCACAGCUACCAGUUUGACAUCAGCAAGUGAUUGGACCCUGGAAGUGCAACCUAAUAGAUUAACAAUAGGUGGAAUCAGAUCAAUAGAACCAAUUCUUCAAAGGAAAGGCCAGGUUGUUACGCAUGAUUUUGUUGGAUGCGUGAUGGAAUUUGCUGUCAAUGGUCGUCCACUAGAACCCAGUCAAGCUCUGGCAAACCAUGGGAUUCUCGACAGGUGUUUCCGAAUCGAAGGAGUCUGUCUAAACAGCCCCUGCCAACAUGAGAGCCCCUGUGUGGAUUACUGGUCAUGGCAGCAGUGUAAUUGCAAGCAUGGAUAUACAGGAAAAUAUUGUGAAAAAUUGGUCAACGUGGACACUGCUUUGUCAUUGGAUGGUAGGGGACGCCUGGACUAUAUGAUUAAUCAGAAUAAGAAGCGGGACUACUUAUUAAACCAGAGUUUGAAGCGUCAGCCUCCUGAUCCUGUGACUGCAAGCAGCCUGGACAUAAAGUUCAGAACAAGAAGCAAAAAUGGUAUUUUAAUUCAUGUCCAGGAAAGCAGCAAUUAUACUACUGUGAAGGUGAAAAAUGGGAAGUUACAUUACACCUCUGAUGCUGGUGUUGGUGGAAAAGUGGAAAGAAAUAUUCCCGAGAUUUCUGUAUCUGAUGGACAAUGGCAUACUGUUGUAAUCGAGAAAAAUAGAUCCAUUACAACCUUUUCAAUUGAUAGGAUUUACGCUCGAGAAAUCCAUCAUAAUACACAGGAUUUUGGAGGAUUAAAUGUCCUAAGUGUCUCCCUUGGGGGCAUACCUCCAGGGCUAAAUUACCAGAGCACUGAUCCAGAUUUUGAUGGGUGUAUCUCUUAUGUAAUAUACAAUGGUGAAACAUUGCCCUUCACUGGACAGCAUAGCGAUGUUACAAUUUCGAAAAGUGACCCUUCUGUUAAGAUAGGAUGUAGAGGUCCUAACAUAUGUGCAAGUAAUCCAUGUUCCGGUGGAUUAAUGUGUGUGAACCAGUGGUACGCAUACAAUUGCGUCCUACCAGGAGAGUGUGCUUCCAAUCCUUGUCAGAACGGAGGGAGUUGUGAACCCCUACCAAAAUUUGGCUUCACCUGCACUUGUCCAGAUCGCUACACUGGAAAAACGUGUGAGACUGUGGUGGUAUGUGUCAAUGUUCAGUGUCCCCAGGGAACUGUUUGUAAAGCCGGAGCGGAUAAAGGAUACACCUGCAGUCCAAAGCUGCAAGCGGAGGAGCUCUCACUGCCGCUCUGGGCUGUCCCAGCCAUCGUGGGCAGCUGCGCCACCUUCCUUGCUCUGGUCGUUCUCGGUCUGAUUGUCUGCAACCAGUGCCGAGGUAGAAAGGCAAAGGUGCAAAAAGAUGAGAAUACAAAGAAGAAAGAAAAGAAGAAGAAAGGGAGUGCGAAUGAAGGAUUUGAUGAUCCAGAUAACCUUCCGCCAUAUGAUGAAGAGCUGAGUGUGAGAAAGCAGCCUGAGGGAGUUCCAAAGCCUGAUAUAAUCGAAAGGGAAAACCCCUAUUUGAUCUUCGAUGAGACAGACAUCCCGCAUGCAGCAGAUACGUUGCCAAGUGGACAACCCUGUAUGGGGCCUGAAACAGAACUUGAGCAUUAUGACAUAGAAAAUGCUAGUAGCAUUGCUCCUUCAGAUGCAGACAUUAUACAGCACUAUAAACAUUUUCGUAGUCACACCCCUAAAUUUUCCAUCCAAAGACACAGUCCAUUGGGUUUUGCCCGACAGUCUCCUCUCCCACUUGGAGCUAGCAGCUUAAGCUAUCAGCCUUCUUACGGUCAAGGAUUGAGAACAACCCCACUGAGUCACAAUACAUGCCAGAAUCCUACUGCACUCUCUCGACAAAGUCCUGCUCCAUUUUCAAAGCCAGGAACUUUCUACCGAAACAGCCCAGCAAGAGAGUUGCACCUGGCAAGGAGAGAGGGAAGCCCUAUUGAUAUACAUUCAGAUGUUUGCCAGCCUGGCAUCUUUAAUUAUGCUUCACGACUUGGAAGAAGAAGCAAAAGCCCCCAGACCAUAACAGGUCACAGUCAUGGCUCGAGGCCAGGUAGCCGCCUUAAACAGCCAAUUGAGCAAAUCCCUCUGGAGAACACACCUCCAGUAGGACUGUCCAUAGAGGAGGUUGAAAGACUCAACACCCCUCGUCCUAGAAACCCAAGUAUCUGUAGCGCAGAUCAUGGACGAUCGUCAUCGGAUGAUGACUGUAGAAGACCUCUUUCUAGAAUGAGGAACCCAGCUGAUGGUACACCUGCACCAGAAUCAUCUUCAGAUAGUGAUUCACACGAGUCGUUCACCUGCUCUGAGUUUGAGUAUGACAGAGACAAACCUGCUGUGUACACCUCACGUAUGCCAAAAUUGUCUCAAGUCAAUGAAUCUGAUGCAGAUGACGAAGGUAAUUAUGGUGGCAAACUAAAGCCACGAAGAUAUCAUGGUCGUAGAGCUGAAGGAAGCCCUGCAGUCCUACAGGGAAGUCACGAAGAAUAUAAGACACAACCCAAGCCUGGAACACAUGCAGCUGCAACAGGAGCUUUUAAUUGGGACAAUCUAUUAAAUUGGGGCCCUGGUUUUGGGAAUUAUGUGGAUGUUUUUAAAGAUCUUGCAUCACUUCCAGAAAAGGGAACAAAAGAAGAAGCAUUAAACAACGCUGCACAAAGUGCAGCGACUUCUAAUGAUGCAGAAGCAGAAGAAUAUGUAUAGGUAUAAUUUAUAUAGACAGUACAUUUUGAUGCAUUAAAAGCUGCAGUUCACUAUCAGUGAGAAGCUGCUUAAUGGAAUCUUUUCAAAAUCAACUUAACCUUGACAACUAUUGCCAGAUUCUGCAGUCCAUAACUUUCAGCUCAUGAAGAAUUCUGCCCUUAAGUGAUCAUUGUUUUUCAGGGUGUCCAUGAACAACUAUUGCAAAAAAGCACAUAAGGAUUGGAGUGAUGUUUGCGUUCAGCAAUUGCAGAAUAUUUUUCCUGACUUCUUUUCAGAACUGAAAACAUAUGUGCUUGAUCUGUUCGAGCACAGUGUGUUUCUUAUUCAGCCACUGGCACAAGAGCAGCACACAAGUUGGCCAGCACUUUAAACAGUUGUGCCAAUGUUGGAAGGGUGCUUCAGAACUGCUCGGGCGUAGAUUUCCCUCUCUCUUCCCUUCAGUCUUUGCUAUAAGCUGAUCUGUUUAUUCAACAAGGGUGCAGCUUAUUUUUGUCAUAAGUGUUUGUAUCUGCACUAUGUGAAUGGUUCAGUCUUACUUUGGAGAACGAUUCAUUCUGUUACAAUAUCAUUGGAAAGUAUUGUCAUUAUUUGCUUGAGAAGCAGCGUUGCCGUUCAUUGUUUAAUAUGGAGCCAAUACGAGGGAAAACUUAAAAAUAAUAUCUGGACUAGUUUGCCAUAGAGCUAACCUUUGAAAUUCUGGUGCAUACUUUAAAAUCCUUUCUGCCCUAUUUCCAUGAUUCUUCCUUUUAUACCAGUUUAGUAACUUUAAAGAGACAACUCUGUUUGUUACUGAAGAUAUUUUCUUAUGAAAUUUUUGAAAAUGGUUUUGUUCAUGUUUCUUACUUUCAGGGAAGGUAAGAUUAAGUACUUUUUACAUUUGUUACUUAUGUAACAUCAGUAUUUUUUUCAUUUUUUGAUAUAAGUGUAACAUACUGUAUCCUUUGUAUACA